UUGUUUGUUUCUAUUGCAGGAUGUCUAUCAGAAUGAAGGAAGCAUAAAGAAUGUUCAUCUUUUAUCCAUUAUGUCUAACAUUGGCUGUGGAAUAUCAUUUGUGUGUCUCAUUCUUACAGUAAUGAUUCAUGUUUGUUUCAAAAAUCUAUGGAAAUUGAUGGCUUCAAAGGUUUUAGUAAACUUGUGCUGUUCUUUAGCUGUCACUAAUCUUAUCUUUCUGAUAAGUAUGCGAGCAUUUACUAUGAAAAUAAUAAUUGUUUGUAAGACAAUGGCCGCUAUGUUACACUACUUCCUUUUGACAUCUCUCAUGUGGAUGACUGUAGAGGCGCUUCAUGUGUGUCUGGCUCUGUUUCUUACAUUGAGAACAUAUCAGAAAUCUUUUAUGGUGAGGAGUUCAAUUUUGGCUUGGGGUCUGCCAGCUGUCAUUGUCAUAAUUACUCUGGCAAUUAACUCCACAAACAAUUACAUCAGAAUUGGAACAGGCUGUUGGUUAUCCAAGAUACCAUUCUAUGCUGCUUUCCUGUCUCCAGUGGUGAUCAUGCUUAUCUUCAACCUUACCAUAUUUUCUAUCGCCAUUCAGCAACUUAUCAAAAUGCAAAAUAACAAGACAUUUGCACACAAAGCAAGAAAAGUACGUGUUUUCGGCGUCGUUGGGUUAUUUUUUCUUCUAGGACUCCCCUGGAUCUUCGCAUUCUUCGCUUUUGAUGCAGCAGCUGAAGCAUUCAAAUUUCUUUUUGUCACCUUCAACACGCUUCAAGGAAUGUUUAUCUUCAUAUUCUACUGUAUUUACAAGAAAGAUACCAGAGAGGUCGUUAGCUUUCAAGCUCUGGUAAUGAAAGAGAAGUUAAAUCAAAAGAAUUGA